GUUCCUUUUGUGUGUGAGUGUGACAACACCUGCAGCAUCACAUAUAGUCAGGCAUCUUGUGCAUGUCUAGAGAAGCCCAUAAGCAAUCUUUGGAUUUUUAUAGCUCUCAGGACCAUUUUGCAUUCCAGGUAGUGAUAUAUACAGAUGUAGCUAAGAAGUAGUAUAUUAUUUGUAGAAAAGUGGCAGGCGAUUCGUAUGCAGGGGAUCCAUAUUUGGGUCCAGUCCUUGACUGGAAGGAAUACUGCAUGAACCAAACCUUAGUCUUUGUACAGGGCAAGUGUGUGUGCGCACAAUCCACACCCAUAUGCAGAGCACGGGCACUUUCAGUGUGUGUUCUAGCACACAUUACCAUUCAUACAGCGCCGCCCCCUCACGCUUCCCCCUCCUCGCUCUCUCUCUGUGCCCCUCCCUUCACUCCCUCUAUUUCUCUGCUGCUCUCUUCCCCCCUCCGUUGCAGUUCUCCUUUCUUCUUCCAGAGGAAAGGUUCCCCCGCACCCCCACCCCUCCACUCCUGCUCCAGUGGGGGGGGGCGGCUGAGAAGUAGCUUCAGCAGUAGGCAGCCCUCCCAGACUCACCACUAUGGCCCCCCUGGGGGAUGAUGUCUGAGUCCUUGUGGACAGCGCUCUCCAAUUUCUCUAUGCCCGAUUUCCUUGACAGCAGCAUGUUUCGCCGCACUAAAAGCUGCCGAACCAGUAACAGAAAAAGCCUGAUCCUGACAAGUACAUCACCAACGCUGCCACGACCUCACUCUCCACUCCCAGGUCAUAUUGGUAGCAGCCCCCUUGACAGUCCUCGGAAUUUCUCCCCCAACACACCAGCCCACUUUUCCUUCGCUUCUUCCCGCAGGGCAGAUGGCCGGCGUUGGUCUUUGGCUUCCCUACCAUCAUCUGGAUAUGGAACCAACACUCCAAGUUCUACAGUAUCAUCAUCCUGCUCCUCCCAAGAGCGCCUUCACCAGCUGCCUUAUCAGCCAACUAUGGAUGAGCUGCACUUCCUGUCCAAGCAUUUUGGCAGCACUGAGAGUAUAACUGAUGAUGACGGGGGGCGGCGGUCUCCCGCAGUGCGGCCCCGGUCCCGGAGCCUCAGCCCGGGCCGGUCUCCAUCCUCCUAUGACAAUGAGAUAAUAAUGAUGAAUCAUGUUUAUAAGGAGCGAUUCCCCAAGGCCACAGCACAGAUGGAAGAGAAGCUGCAAGAUUUCAUUAAAUCCUAUGAGCCAGACAGCGUGUUGCCUUUGGCUGAUGGAGCGCUCAGUUUCAUCCACCACCAAGUCAUUGAACUGGCACGAGACUGUUUAGCCAAGUCCCAGGAGGGUCUCAUCACUACCGUCUAUUUCUAUGAGUUGCAAGAGAACAUGGAGAAGCUAUUGAAAGAUGCUUAUGAACGCUCUGAGAGUGAAGAGGUGACCUUUGUCACUCAACUGGUGAAGAAGCUACUUAUUAUCAUCUCCCGUCCAGCUCGCCUACUAGAAUGCCUGGAAUUUAAUCCUGAGGAAUUUUAUCACUUGCUGGAAGCAGCUGAGGACCAUGCCAAAGAGGGACAUCUGGUAAAGACAGAUAUUCCUCGUUACAUCAUAAGCCAGUUGGGACUGACUCGAGACCCAUUUCCAGAUGUGCUGUAUGUGGAGGAGCACGAUAGUGGAGGAUCCAACACACCUGAGACAGAAGAGUUCGCCGAGUGCACUGAAGAUGUUGGAAAGCUACUGUUGGUCCUUAUGACAAACUGAUUUGAGAGACUUUCUAAAUUGCUCUGUCCAGUGGCAGCGGCAGCAACAAUGGCUAGAAAUGGAUGUGAAAAAGAUUGGAAGAAAAAUCCACUUGUGGAAGAGAGGAGGACUAUGAAAGAGAGGCGUAACAAGGGUGGCUAAGGGACAAGAGGGGGAGGCCUGGGUGAGAAUGAUGGCUUAUGAGUGUGACUGAUGGAAGAGAGAGAAAGGUAAGGAGGAGAAAUGAUCGUAGGCGGAUUGGACAAGAAUCAAAACAGACAGAUGGAGGAUAGAUGACUUGUGCAUGGGACCUGCACGUGUGAGGGAAAAGGAAUAGGCUGAAAGUGGAAGAAAGUGGUGGAUGGUCUAGGUCCUAGGAUGUUACUCUUAGUUAUUGGUUAGUGCAGAGGGUGCAUUGUUGCUGAAUCUUACUAUUUCCCAGGCUGGAACUGCUUCCCUUGCUCAAUCUCUCCCUUACCACAGUCUCUUAAUAAUUCAGUGAUGGCAUGUUUGUUUUGAGCAGAAAAGGCUGAAUAGAGAGACACAGAGGGAACCUCUUCCACCUCCUCUUCCCCUUUGGAAAAUCAUCAAAGACAUGAUUGUUUCAGAGGCACUAGAAAGCUAACCAGCUGCUCUUUGGAAAUGGAGUUAAAUUGGCAGACGGCAUGAGGUUUUCAGUGUUGUUUUCAGUUUAUUAAAUUUGAAUGGUGUAUUUUCUUUUGAUUUUUAAAUCACAGCGAAUCAAUUAAAUCAAUCUGCAAACAUAUUAUAAUGUAAAUAAAUGGUGGAAGAAUACUUAGGGCUUCACAUUUUUUUCUGAAGAUUUGCAAAGAUUAACUCUCAACAGAAGAUUAAAAGUUUACAUAGAAUCAGUCAUGAUUUUGUUCUCUAUCCUUCAUGCUUUGUGGUUUGCAGCCUAGAAAGGGUUCUGCAGCUUUGUUCUACGUUUUCUGUUCUUUAUUGGUGAGAAUGUGAUGAACAUACAUGUGAUAGUAGCUCUUUACUGAAGAACAGAGAUUCUGCCUGGAUAAAAAAAAAAUGCAUUAUUAGGACUUGAAUGCUGUUGCUUAACUAUGCAUUUCAUUGUGCACUUGACUCUUUUUAAAUUUUGACAUUCCUGCAUAUAUAAACAAAAUGACUACUGUUUCUGAAUGACAGAAUUCAGAUUCAAAUGUUGUGUUAACUUCUAUAUAAAAAGCAUCCUAUAAGGUAAACUUCUGUUAGAACUGAAUUCUUGUUUCUUUAUGGACCAUUCAUGGCCUCACACUCUGAAUCCUUAACAUUGCAGAGUCGUGGGACUACUCCAAAGCCAAAGAAGCCACCAGGAGAAGGAGACUUUGAAACUAUUAAACUUAUAAGCAAUGGGGCCUAUGGGUGAGUGCACUAACUUAACAUCAGGCUCCUUGGACCAUCAGCUGCAGGAAAGGAUCCUUGCUUCUGGGGUCAACAUUGUAGUUCUAAAUGCUUCAAAUGUUUACUUGGGCCAGUCAUUCUGUUCCUACAAUGAUGAUGUAGCUCCUCUCCACAGUUAUAGCAAACUGGAGUAUAAAUUAGGACAAUGGUUCAAAGGAGCCAUAAAAAUAGGUUAUAAUUUUGAAAAAAAGUUUAAUGUUUGGAUCAAUUGAUUAAUGGAUAAAUAAAAUAAAUUUAGCCUGGUAUUGAAGAGAAGUGUAGAUACCAAAUACUAAACACCCCACUUUGCAUCUUAAGAAGACAGAACUCUUGGAAUAAUUCUUCCAACAGGAAUCCUUUAU